AUGAAGACUCUAACAGCUCUCGGCAUUUUUUGCUCUCUUGCUACUGCCAAGAUUUCGUAUGAUGGGUUCAAAAUAUUCAGAAUUCAAAGUCCCGGUGACGUGGAAAAGUUUGAACAGUCCCUAUCGAGUAUCAAAUCAGUUCUGCUAUCUGCAGAUCCACAUAACGAGGCUUUUGAUAUCGCCGUCCCACCUGAUCAACUACAAGCCGCCCGCCAGCUUGGGCUCGAGCUCACUACUCUGGUUGAUGAUCUCGGUGCGGUAUUAAAGACGGAGGGUCCAUUCUUAACAUAUAGCGGUCAGUUGCUCUACACUAUAUUUCUCCCAGUUGCUACGGAAAAGAUUGAGGGAGUAGUCGCUGAUCUCCCACCGUUGUCAUACUUUGACUCCUACCAUCCGUAUGAUGAGCACAUUCAGUUCCUCAUAGACCUUCAAGCUGCGUUUCCAAACAACUCGGAUACCUUCUCGCUCGGCCCAUCAGUUGAGGGCCGUGAACUCCCGGGAAUCCAUUUAUGGGGAACAGGCGGGAAAGGCCUCAAGCCGGCCAUUGUUUGGCACGGAACUGCGCAUGCCAGAGAGUGGAUUUCUGCACCGACCGUAGAAUAUAUUACGUAUAAAUUGAUAGAAGAGUAUCAAGCCGGAGACUCUGAGAUCGUCAAUGUGUUAGACAAGUAUGACUUUUAUAUCUUGCCAAUUGUCAAUCCAGAUGGUUUUGUUUACACUCACGAGUCUGAAAGGCUUUGGCGCAAGAACCGUCAAACACGAAAUAACCAAACCUGCAUCGGCACGGAUGUGAACCGCAACUGGCCCAGCCAUUGGAAUGUGUCAGGGGGCUCGUCGCCAGAUCCCUGCUCCAAUACCUUCCGUGGCGAGGCGCCUGGAGAUACGCCUGAAAUUCAAGCCUUGGUAGCCCAUAUCCUAGAUCUAGCCAAUGGACCAGGAAUCAAAGCCUACAUAGACUGGCACUCCUACGGAAAGAAAAUCCUCUUACCGUAUGGAUAUAACUGCACGGCCUACCCAGAUAACUACGAGAGACAGCUGUCCGUGGGUAAUGGUGUCGCAUCUGCCAUCGCGAGUGUGAACGGGCUUGAGUUUAGUGUUGGUCCGACUUGCACAAAUCUCUAUCAGACUGCCGGGAGCAGCACGGACUGGGCUUUCGAUGUGGCAGGCGCUGAGUUCUCCUGGUUGGUGGAGCUGCGUCCUACAGCAGCUGAAGGCGGUUUUGUCAUCCCACCCGAAAACAUUUUGCCAUCUGGGGCUGAGCAUUGGGCGGGUGUCAAGUAUCUGUUCAGUCAAUUGUAG